AUGGAUGGGCUCAGAGGGCCCAUUUACAUGGGAAGCGGUACAUUUUUCCCUCGUCGUGUCUUCUUUGGAGGCCCAUCCAUGUAUAUACAGCCUGAAUUGCCAGAGUUGAGCCCAGAUUACCUUGUGAGCAAGCCCAUCGAUAGUGAAGUUGUUUUAGAGCUGGCCCAUCAUGUUGCCGAAUGCAAUUAUGAGAACCAAACAAAAUGGGGUUCAAAGAUAGGCUUUCGAUAUGGGUCGUUGGUUGAGGAUUAUUUCACGGGCUAUCAGCUUCAAUGUGAGGGCUGGCGGUCCAUUUUCUGUAAUCCAAGCAGGACAGCCUUUUUGGGUGAUGUGCCGAUCUCGCUGUUUGAUGUCCUGAUCCAGAACCAGAGGUGGUCUGUUGGGCUUCUAGAGGUUGGGUUUUCCAGGUAUAGCCCAAUAUCAUUCGGCGUAAAGGCUAUGGGAGUCCUGAUGGCUCAAUCUUACGCACACUACGCCUUCUGGCCCAUAUGGGCAAUCCCCAUCACAAUCUACGCUUUCAUCCCCUCACUAUGCCUUCUCCAAGACGGCACAUUACUAAAGUGGUGGAGUGACCAGAGGAAGUGGCUAUUGAGAGGUCUCUCGUCUUUCCUAUUUGGGCUUAUAGAGUACGUGGCCAGCCGCUUAGGCAUGGCUGCCAAUGUGUUCAACGUGACAAGCAAAGUCAUGGAUGACGAGCUAUGCGAAAGGUACAACCGAGGGACCUUCGAGUUUGGGGUUGACUCCUCCAUUUUCGUCCCAUUAGCAACGGCAGCCAUUAUGUUUAUUGCAGGUUUUGGGAUUGUAAAUGGGGUGCAAUUCUAUGAGGCCAUGGUUUUGAGACGCGAUAAAGGGAGGAUGCCGGCGAGUGUCACGAUCAAGUCGACACUUCUUGUGGGGUUGCUCUAUGGAAUUGUGUCUCUUCUUCAAUGUGCAUGA